AGGGGAGGAGGAAAAGCUGGAGCGGGAGCACUUCCGGAGGAUUAUCAACGCCUUCCGUUACUACGGAAUUAAUAUGCACGAAAGAGUGAAUCGUGCAGAAAGACAGUUCAGAUCCCUUCCAGCCAAUCAACAAAAACUGCUGCCUCAGUUUCUUCCUCAUCUUGACAAGAUUCGGAAGUGCAUUGACCAUAAUCAAGGAAUUUUGCAGUCAAUUGUGAAAGAUUGCACAAACAUGUUUGAAAAUAAAGAAUAUGGUGAUGAUGGUAAUGGAAAGAUUACACCAGCUUCAACUUUUGAUAUGGAUAAAUUAAAGUCAACUUUAAAACAAUUCGUAAGAGAUUGGAGUGAAACUGGGAAGCCCGAGAGAGAUUCCUGCUAUCAGCCAAUUAUUAAUGAAAUUGUAAAGAACUUUCCAAAAGAUCGAUGGGACCUCUCCAAAGUUAAUGUCCUGGUGCCUGGGGCUGGGCUAGGUAGAUUGGCCUGGGAAAUAGCUAUGCUUGGUUAUACUUGCCAAGGAAAUGAAUGGAGCCUCUUUAUGCUCUUUUCUUCUAAUUUUGUACUCAACAGAUGCUGUGCAACUAAUUCAUACAAAUUGUAUCCCUGGAUCCAUCAGUUUAGCAAUAAUAAGAAAUCUGCUGAUCAGAUACAGCCAAUUUAUUUCCCUGAUGUUGACCCGCACAGUCUUCCUCCUGGUGCAAACUUUUCUAUGACAGCAGGCGAUUUUCAAGAAAUCUACUCAGAGUGUAAUAUAUGGGAUUGCAUAGCAACCUGUUUCUUCAUAGACACAGCACAUAAUGUCAUAGAUUACAUUGAUACAAUAUGGAAAAUACUGAAACCUGGAGGAAUAUGGAUCAAUUUAGGUCCUCUUCUCUACCAUUUUGAAAACUUAGCAAAUGAAUUAUCUAUUGAACUGAGUUAUGAAGAUAUAAAAAAUGUUAUGUUACAGUAUGGAUUUCGUAUUGAGGUGGAGAAUGAAUCUGUCUUGACAACAUAUACUGUGAAUGAGUUAUCUAUGAUGAAAUACUAUUAUGAAUGUGUGAUGUUUGUGGUUAGAAAACCAGAGAAUACAUGAAGAUGAUGCUUGGCACUACAACUCCUUCCAGUAUUGGAGAUCUCCCUUACCUGCCAUUGAUUUGUGCGACAUUUUGGAUUUAGAAAAGGAUGUAUUAGAAGCAGGAGAUUCCAGCAAUAUUGCCUUUUCCGAAAUGGAAACCUGAAAAAUUACCCUUUUAUGAACCAGCUAUGCAGAAGUUUGUUUUUCUUCAGUUCUGCUUUUGUUUGGGAAAGCAAGCAGUAUUUUUAAGAGAAAAAAAAACAGACCGAAGGAAUAGUGGUGCAACUAACCAGCAGAUUGCCUGAGGAAGCUGAUGGUGGACAGAAUCAAAGGAGUGCAAAGCUUAAAGAACAUUUUUAAAAUCAGCACAGACAAAAAUUGUACCAGUAAAUAAACAGUAAAAUAAACAAGAACAACGUGGAGUGUUCCAGAAUGAUCUGUGCUAAUGUGUAGCUAGUCAAAAGAACAUGAAUGAGAUCUGUAUUGCCUCUGUAUAAUCAAAACAUAACCAAAAAUAAAUGAAACAACAACAAAAAACACUUCUAUGCAGAAUGAAAGAGGCAGUCAUUUUCUAUCCAGAAUUGCCAUAGCACAAUUUUUCUUAUUCUUGCUGGAGCUUAAGCAUUGCUUUUGUGGGGAAGUAUAAAUGAUAUCAGGAGAUUGCCGUAUUAUACUUUGCUUAUUUCCAAACCUAUGGACUGUAAUUAAGGAAAGAAAACCAUCCAAAAUAGUGUGAACUGAGCAUAAGUCUCAGGACUGGUUGAUAGAGGCCCCAAUCUGGAAGAGGUUCCAGUCUUUUUGAGUACUGUAUCAUAUUUUUGCCAGAUAUUGGUCUUAAUAUAAAUGUUUAUCAUUUUGUCAUUUUUUCUAGCAGUGACUGCGUGAAACUAGAGAAAUCUUAGUUUUAAUUUUUAUUAUAUAUUUGUCUUUGUAAUAAUAUAACAUCUGCAUAUUUGAUAAAGUGUUUUCAUUGGAUAAUAAAAUUUUGAACUAGUUUUUUGAAA